CUCCUAGGUCCAAACACAGCCUUGGAAUUCCUUAGCCCAUGGUGAUUGGCCAUUGCUUAUGUAUUGCAGAUUUGCAGGAGCUGGCGCGAAACACCAUUAGAUCUCAAAUCGUCGGUUGUCUCUCUCUGAGCUCAAGAUCUCAGAGACAAUGCAGAAAACAGCGCAAGCAUGGUUCACGGGAGGUCCCUCCGGAGUCACUGAUCAACAAAAAUCUCCGUCUCUGCUGGCUGAUUGGAACGCUUACGCUGCUUCACAGGAACCUGAUUCCUCCGCUUCAGGCUUCGAUCUCGAGGCCGCCGUCCGUACCACCAGCGACAAAGUCACCGGAACUCUAAAUGUGGUUUCAAAAGGAGUGAAAGAUUUACCAGGGAACUUUCAGCCUUCCUCAAGCAAUGCUCCUGCUAGCAAAUCUUUCACAUACUUCGGGUUCCUCCUUGCUACUGGCGUGUUCUUUGUCUUCAUAGCAUUCACUAUGUUUCUACCCAUCAUGGUGUUGGCACCACAGAAAUUUGCUAUGUGCUUAACUAUUGGUUGUGCCUUCAUUGUUUGUUCAUUCUUUGCACUUAAGGGUCUGAGAAAUCAGCUUUCGCACAUGUCAUCUAAAGAGAGGCUUCCUUCUACAUUGGCACUUAUUGGAACGAUGGUGGGAACCAUAUAUGUUUCCAUUGUACUUCACAGUUACCUUCUUUCCGUGCUCUUCUCUGUGCUACAGGUCCUUGCACUAUCAUUCUAUGCUAUUUCCUACUUCCCUGGAGGAUCUGCUGGACUGAAGUUUCUUUCAUCGACUCUUAUCUCUUCUUUUUUGGAAUGUUUCAGAAGGUGAUAUCGACUUGGAUAAAGUCAUACAGUAGUUCAUUCUUUUUCCUAGGGAAAAAAUUGUGUAAUCAUUGUCAUCAAGUUUGGAAUGUUUUGAGAGAUACUUCAAGAUUAUAUUUUAAUCAUAUAGUAUGCUUUGGCAA